AUGGGUUUCAAUCGAGUACAUGUUGCUCUAACGUACGCCGGCCGACCCCUGUCCAAGGUUUGUCCCAUCAGCAAGGAUCAGAAAAACUUUCCAGAUCUCAACAACUGUCCGGAGUAUGAGAACACCGUGCCGGUACACAGCGACUCCUAUUACUCCAAGAUGGUCGAUUUUAAGUCGAAUGGCAAAAUUAACGAGUGGAUACGCUUUUUAGAUUUCCGCCUUCGACAUUUGCCCAGAGAGACUAUGCUUAAUAUUAGUCUCAUUGCUUGCAAGAAGGAGAUGAAGGAUUCUUCUACUUGUGAGUCGGCUUUAGCUAGUUAA